AUUACACCUCUUUAGCACCAACAGAAUCCCCAUUCGAACUCAUAUUCACGAUCGCAUCAACAAGAAACCAUGGCGGUUACGUGCCUACCAACGAUUCCCUUCGUGAUCCUCGGGAUCGUGGAACCCGUGCUUCUCGUAUGGGCGUACAUAACCACCCUCCUAGACCCCUUCACAUUCUACGUCAAACAGGCGCAGAACUACGAGCUACCCCUAGACGACCCUUCGUCUUUCCCGCCGCAGGCCCAGAUCAUGACCCUGCAGCUCGUAAACGUGUAUCUGCUCCUAGCAGCUAUGGCGCUGAUCUGCACCUGGACAACGCACGCUGGCAUCACCCGCUUGUACCUGGCGGCCGUAGCGCUGGCGGACUACGGCCAUAUCUGGGCCUGUUACGUUGGUGUCGGGUAUGAGCUCUUUGUGCGCCCUGCCGAGUGGAACGACCUAUUAUGGGGAUCUGUGGGCGUGAGUGUAUUCUUAAAUGCUGUGCGUCUGUUAACACUUGCUGGCGUUUUCGGAGCGGUGAAAGAUCACGAGGGGUCUGCAAAGAAGAAGGCUGCUUAAGCAAAGCUGCUAGAGUCACUUUUUGGUCCAUCUAAUCUAUUGGCUCAAUAAGU